UUUUUUACGAAGUAUCUCAUCUAUAUUGUUGUUGAAGGCAUCCUCGCUCUGCCUGUGUGUCGUGGAUCAUCUGCCAUCCUCGCCAUCGCCAUUUUCUUCACUAGAAUAGAAACUCGAAGAACGCUCUUCUUGCUCAGCUAUACAAUCGAUUUCGGAUUUUCUUUGUCCCCCUCCGGCAGUUUCAGAUCUGAUCCCAAUUCAGCAUUUUCAAUUAUUGCAAUUCGUGCAGACGUCGGAUUUCGUGGAUUUGGAUUCUGUCGUUCGACUUGUUAUGUUCUUCUUCGAAUUCGAAUUCUCUCCUCAUUCGUGUGUACGUAGAUCUUAAAAAUUGGCUCCCCAAAGACGUUCCCAGCGCCACUUGGGCGGCCAGAUGCAGCAGACUAAUGCUGCGGCCACUGCCCUGUACGACCACGCCGGCGGCGGGUCUCUGCACAAUGCAGCGCCUGCCAGUGAUGCUGGUGAUGCCGUAAUGGCGCGUUGGUUACAGUCUGCUGGCUUGCAGCAUCUGGCCUCUCCAUUGGCUUCUACUGGUAUUGAUCAUCGCCUCCUUCCCAACAUUCUCAUGCAGGGUUAUGGAGCACAGUCUGCUGAAGAAAAGCAGAGGAUUUUUAAGUUAAUGAGAAGCCUCAAUUUUAAUGGAGAAUCUGGUGUGGAGCCAUAUACACCAACUGCCCAAACUUUAGGCAGUGUGGCAAUACCAGAUGGGUCUUGUUCUCCUGAUUUCCGGGGGGAUUUUGGAGCAGGGCUUUUGGAUCUUCAUGCUAUGGAUGAUACAGAACUUUUAUCUGAGCAUGUUAUUUCAGAACCUUUUGAGCCAUCGCCAUUCUUGCCUGGAGAUGCUAGAGUAUUUGAGGAUGACUUCAAUCAAAUAAAUAGCAAUCAAGAUGGAGAAGCAGAUAUGUCAAUUCCUUUACCAAUGAAGGAAAAAGAGAAUAAUGCAAGGGAAAAUAAUGUUGCUAAGAUUAAAGUCGUGGUACGAAAAAGACCUUUAAACAAGAAAGAGCUUGCUAAGAAGGAGGAAGAUAUUGUGACCGUAAAUGACCAAGCAUGUUUGACUGUCCAUGAACCCAAACUAAAGGUUGAUUUGACGGCGUAUGUGGAGAAGCAUGAGUUUUGUUUUGAUGCUGUUCUUGAUGAGCAAGUUACCAAUGAUGAGGUAUACCAAGUUACAGUAGAACCAAUUAUUCCCACAAUUUUUGAGCGAACCAAAGCUACAUGUUUUGCAUAUGGUCAGACAGGAAGUGGUAAAACUUUCACAAUGCAACCAUUGCCUCUCAGGGCUGCAGAAGACCUUGUCAGGCUAUUGCAUAAGCCAAUCUACCGAAAUCAAAGAUUCAAAUUGUGGCUUAGCUACUUUGAGAUAUAUGGUGGAAAACUCUUUGAUCUUCUCAGUGACAGGAAGAAACUUUGCAUGAGGGAAGAUGGACGGCAACAAGUUUGCAUAGUGGGGCUGCAAGAAUUUGAGGUUUCUGAUGUACAAAUUGUCAAAGAGUUCAUUGAGAAGGGGAAUGCUGCAAGGAGUACUGGAUCAACUGGUGCUAAUGAGGAAUCCUCUAGGUCACAUGCUAUUUUACAAUUGGCUGUGAAGAAACACAGUGAGGUGAAAGAGAGCAAGCGAAACAAUGAUGUUAAUGAGGCAAAAAGUGGGAAGGUUGUGGGGAAGAUUUCUUUUAUUGAUCUUGCUGGGAGCGAAAGAGGUGCUGAUACCACUGACAAUGACCGUCAGACACGAAUUGAAGGGGCAGAGAUUAACAAGAGUCUUUUGGCGCUGAAAGAAUGCAUUCGUGCUCUUGACAAUGACCAGAUCCAUAUACCAUUUCGUGGAAGCAAACUUACAGAAGUGCUGCGUGACUCCUUUGUCGGCAAUUCGAAGACAGUAAUGAUAUCUUGUAUAUCUCCAAAUGCUUCCUCAUGUGAACACACUCUUAAUACCUUGAGAUAUGCAGAUCGGGUUAAAAGUCUAUCCAAAAGCGGAAACUCUAGAAAGGAUCAAACCCUAAAUUCAGUAUCGCAAACUAACAAGGAAGUUUCUUCUGCAUCAUCCCUUCUAGCGAGUGCCAGUGCAGAGGAUGUUAAUGAGCAACGUCAGGAGGCGAAAACAAUGGAUAUGGGUAAAAGAUUUGCAGAAAAGGAAACUUCUGGGCACAAGUCUGCUGCUGAUGUUGACAAACACCCACUAAGUUUUUCAUCAAGUUACUUAGUAAAUGGUCCAGAGGGAAAGAGUUCAACUUCUGCUUUAAUAGACAAGGAGAGAUUUGAGGCGAAGAAUUCUUACAGUGACCAUACCAGUCAAAAGAUGAACCCAUACUCCCAAAAUUCAGCUGAGUCAGAUGAGAAAGUGCAAAAAGUCUCUCCUCCACGAAGAAAAGGGUCUAAGGAGGAGAGGUCAGAAAGAUAUCCGAACUUACCUAAAAAGGAUGCCAAUGGAUCUGACUCCUCCGCCACGGGGAACUAUAAGACAAUCACCACUGCCACCAGGCAGCAAUACGAAGAAGAAUCCCCUCCUGAUGGAAAUAUCAAUGCAAUACUGGAGGUUUGCAAACAUGAGGAAGAAGCACUAAUUGCUGCUCAUAGGAAAGAAAUUGAGGACACAAUGGAGAUUGUUCGUGAAGAAAUGAAACUCUUGGCAGAAGUUGACCAGCCAGGAAGCCGUAUUGACAACUACGUCACUCAAUUGAGUUUUGUGCUUUCUCGCAAAGCAGCAAGUCUCGUAGGUCUUCAAGCUCGCCUUGCGAGAUUCCAUCAUCGACUGAAAGAACAAGAGAUACUCAGUAAAAAGAGAGUAUCUCGUUAAGUGACUUCGAUUUCUCACAUUCAGUGACGAUGGAUACCUGCUUGUUCUAUAUAUAUAUAUAUAUAUAUGGAUCUUAUGUGUGACAUUCAAAUUUAAUGUACUUAAAAUGUAUAUUUGUCUCUUGUUUAA